AUGGCUGGGAACAUCUCGUUAAUGAGCGGGAACAGCUCCGCCGCGAGCUUCGGCGGGGAGUGCGUCCCGAGGGAGGCGCCGGACCCGUGCGCGUACGUCAAGGCCAACCCCGCCUGCACCGCCGAGGGCCUGAACUACCUCCGCUUCAUCGAGUGCCCCGCCGACGCCAACGACGGCGCGGCGAAGGCGGUCCUCCUCGUCGGCUGGUGCGCGAUGCUCUUCGUCGCCAUCGGUACCGUCGGCGACGCCUUCUUCGCCCCCGCGGUGGAACGCAUCGCGACGCGUCUGAGGCUCCCGGACGACGUCGCGGGCGCCACGCUCCUCGCGCUGGGAGGCGCCGCGCCGGACAUAUUCACGCAGAUCGCCGCGCUCGUCGAGAGCGCCGAACCGGAUCUACGAUUGGCGCUCAGCGAAUCCAUCGGCGCGGGGCUCUUCGUCGCGACGUUCGGCAAGGCGCUCGCGGUCCUCGUCGGGCUCGCGUGGGAGGCGAAGCGACGCGUGGGGGACAACGACGACGGUUCACAUCACCCGUCCGACGAAAACGUCCCUCACUCGCAGCAGGGCGUCGCCGUGGAGCCGUUUCCGUACCUUCGAGACGUGUCCGCGUACCUUAUAAUGCUCAUCCUCGCGUUGAUCGCCAUGAGCUCGGACACGGUCUCGUGGGAGCUGUCGUCGGCGCUCGUGCUCUCUUACGUCCUGUACGCGUGCGUCGUGUGCUUCGGAUGGGGGCGGCGCGCGGUGGAGCCGAGGCUGGUGCGCCUCGCGGGCGGAGUGGCGCACUCGCCCGCCCGCCGAACAAACGGAGAGGAGGAGGAGGUCGCGGGGGAGGCGGGCGGAGGACGCGGAGAAGGCGCGGAGAAGGGCGCCGGCGGCGGGGACGUCGAGAUGAGCAGCGUCGGCGGCACCCCGCGCGUGCGUCGAGGAGUGGGGGGGGGCGACGAGGACGAUGACGAGGAAGUGGACGUGGAGAUGGACGGCGACGAGGCGACGCUGCUGCCGACGAGACGGUUCUCGAGCUCCGCGGCGUCGCCCAGCCCAUCAACCGCGUCGCCAGCUGUGUCGUCGUCGUCGUUCAUCGCCCUCGCGCUCGCGAUCGCGGAGUGGGCGAGGGUGGAGAGCGGGCUGGCGGACGAGACGGACGGCGUAAGUCUCGGCGCCGUCGCGACUGCGCCGGUCCUGCUCGCCAUGUCGUCGACGAUGCCGCGCCUCACGGGCCACGCGACAUCCGGGGGGCAUCAAUCGGCGCCGCGGAUGUCGCGCGGGCACCUGCUUCUCGUCUGCGUCGUCGCGCCGGUGUUCGCGAUGGGCGCCGCCGGGGCGCUGGGGCCGUUAUCGGAGAGGCAACCCGCGCUUCUCGCGUGCGGCCUGGGCGCGUGGUACGCGUGGGCGGUUUGGUACACGUUUCGCAGCGGGAAGGUGGGCGCACACGGCUUGGACCCGGGAAAAUCGCGAUGGCUCACCGCGUUGACUUUUUUCCAGGGCAUCGUCUGGAUGCACCUCUGCGCGGACGAGCUCGUGGGCUUGUUCCAGGCGGCGGGGCGGGCCGCGGGGGUGCGGGAGAGCUUACUCGGCGCUACGUUCAUGUCGUGGGGCGCGAGCGCUGGUGACCUGGGCGGGACGCUGGCGGUGGCCAGGCGGGGUUCGACCCGGAUGGCGGUCACGGCGUCGCUCGCGGGGCCGCUCUGCCAGCUCAGCGCGGGGACCGGGUUCGCGAUGUGGCUGGUCACCGCGCGGGGCGGGACGAUCGAGGCGGCGCUGGCGCCGAACGUGAAGUUCUUAGCCGUCUACGGCGUAGCGGCGAUGGCGUUUUUCGGAGGGGUGGUGAGCACCGCGUACGGCUUCGUCUUCACGCGGCGGGUGGCGUGUUACGUCAUGGGGAGCUACGUGGGCGCGGUGGCCGUGUACGUGGCGUUAGCGCUGCGGUCUGGGACGUGA